UGUUUCGUUUUUGUUUGUCUUUCUCUUGUCUCGUGGUGCGCUCGCGUCCCCCGACUAUUGGCGAAAACUUCAAAAUUCCAUUUUUGUCCUUCUUCCUCGUCCUCUCUCUCUCUCUCUCAGGCAUAUUAAGAUUAUAGCCGGUGCUAAUUUAAUGGCUGCUGCUAAACCCUAGCCGCAAUUUACUGUAAAAACGAUAAACAUGGCCAGGACCUAUUUCAGGUCAUGAUGGUCAUUUUUUUGGGUUUCAGAGUUUUGAUUGGGAUGGAUCAGUGUUGGAAUCAUAAUUGGCUUUCUAUUAGGCAUAUUGAAGUUUGAAUAAAUUUUUCCUGUGCUGUGGAUAGUAUUGGGCAUAUAUUGCUCAUCCUUGUCCAGAAUGGCAGAGGACAGCCAACGGAUUGGUGGGUUUUCUUCUGGUCUGGCCGUGAUAUUGAAUGACGAGGAUAGUAAAGAGAAUUCGUCAAAAACCCAUCUUGUUUCAUACUGUGAUGAUUUUGGCCAUCAAUCAGUGGAGCGGACCUUAGAAUAUGUUCUUGGUCUCCCUAACAAAUCUUUUGGUUUGUUGCCCAGUCCAAUUGAUAGCAAUCUAGUUCGCUGCAUUAUACAGAAAGAAUUCUCUAAAUUGCAUGCCAAUUCAAGUGCUUUGGUUAGAAACAGAGAUGGAGUUUAUAUUCCUGGGAAUGGCUGUGGUCCCCACAUUGUUGGUCUUGAUGAAUUCAGUAUUCGUGGUGAUAUUAGACCUAUUAAGCCACCUUUGCUUGUAGAGAGCUUAGCAAUGUUCAGCAGUGCCAGAGCUAAUGCUUUUGUGUGGAAAGGUAAAUGGAUGUAUGAAGUUAUUCUAGAAACUUCAGGUAUUCAGCAACUUGGAUGGGCAACCAUUUCUUGCCCUUUUACUGACCAUAAGGGUGUAGGUGAUGCUGCUGAUUCGUAUGCAUUUGAUGGGAGGAGGGUUAGAAAAUGGAACAAGGAAGCUGAGCCAUAUGGUCAAUCUUGGGUUGUUGGUGAUGCCAUUGGCUGCUGCAUAGAUUUGGAUUGUAAUGAAAUAUCAUUCUACAGAAAUGGUGUCUCACUUGGGGCUGCAUUUCAUGGCAUUCGUAAGAUGGGACCAGUAUCUGGAUAUUAUCCUGCAAUUUCUCUUUCUCAGGGUGAACGAUGUGAAUUAAAUUUUGGGGCCCGCCCCUUUAGAUUUCCCAUUGAAGGCUACCUUCCCCUUCAAGAACCUCCAUCCUUAAUUCCGGUUGCUACUCAGUUGCUGUGUUGCUUGUCAAGGCUAUUGGGUAUGCACUCUGUUGACCAGGCAAAGCAUUCUUCUGUUCAAAAAUGGAGGCGACUGAAGAGGUUUGUUUCACAUGAAGAACUUUUUUAUCCUGCUUCUCAUGGGAUAUGUGAGGAAUUUUUUUCUGUACUUGGAGUAGAUGUUUGGAGCAUAGAGUACAUUGCCUGGGGUCCAUUUCUGUCAUUCAUGAUGGAAGUGUUUGGGCAGCAGGUGCCCCAUGAUUAUUCAAGCUUAGAUAGAGUUCUUGAUGUCUUUCUGGAAUUUGAAGGAUCACAUUUGCUGUUUGAACAUUUCAUAAAUGCCCUGGCUUGUGGUUGCAAAAUAGCUCCACUGGUUCUAAAAGAGUGCCCAUGUUCAGGGUCAUACCCAUACCUCGUGUUGGCAUGCCAUAUCUUGAGACGACAAGAGCUUAUGGUGCUUUGGUGGAAAUCGCCUGAUUUUGAAUUCCUUUUUGAAGGGUUCCUAUCACGGAAGAAUCCGAAUAAGCAUGAUCUUGAAUCCAUGAUGCCUUCUGUUUCGUGGCCUGGUUCAUGUGAGGAUGUGUCAUAUGAAAGCACCAUGGUGUUGACAACUAAAGCUUUAUCUGAAGCAGUCAGUAAGAUUGAGGAGAAGCAUAGGGAUCUCUGUCGCUUGGUCAUACAGUUCAUACCACCUGUGACACCUCCCCAGUUGCCUGGUUCAGUGUUCAGAACAUUUUUACAGAACAUUCUACUAAAGAACAGAGGAGCUGACCGGAACCUUCCACCUCCUGGAGUUUCAAGCAAUUCCGUUCUUGUUUCUUUGUAUACAGUUAUUCUUCAUUUUCUAUCUGAAGGGUUUGCAAUGGGGGAUAUUUGUGGCUGGUUGAAGAGCAAUGAAAAUGGUCCUGAUGUUGGUUUUCUUCAUAGGGGUGGUCAACGAAGCUUCCCCGUGGGUUUAUUUCUUAGAAAUGAUCCUCAUCGAAAUGACAAUUCUAGGCUUGGAGGAUCGUUUAGUCAUCUCUCGAAGUCAAACCCUGUAAAUGAUGAGGAAGCAGAAGUAAUUCGGUGGGAGGAAGGCUGUAUGGAUGAUGAAGAAACCAGAGUGACUCAUUCAAGUACAAAAAAACCAUGUUGUUGCUCAUGUUAUAAUGAUGAUUUUACAAGAAUCUCAAAGUAUCCAAUUAGAUACACAGCCAAAGGUUCUCGUGUCCAUUGCAGUCCUAUUCCAGAGAGAUCUGCUCAUGUUGCUACAGAAUGCAGUACUGGAAAUUUGAAUGAUGAAUUGGCAGAUAAACCUAGCUCUAGUUAUCAAUCUGAAUCUGAGUAUAGUUAUUGCCCAGUGCAGCAAUUGAGGAUUGUACCAAGGGAAAAUAAUAUGUCUUCAGCCACACUCAGAGAAGAAGAACUUCUAGAUGUUCUGUUGCUGUUGUAUCAUAUAGGUCUUGCACCAAAUUUUAAGCAGGCAUCGUACUACAUGUCUCACCAGUCGCAGUCAAUAUCCCUCCUGGAAGAAGCUGAUAAACAAAUAAGAGAAAAAGCUAGUAAUGAGCAAUUAAAGCGUUUGAAAGAAGCCCGCAACGGUUAUAGAGAAGAAGUUAUUGAUUGUGUCAGACAAUGUGCUUGGUACCGUAUUACUCUAAUUUCUCGAUGGAAGCAAAGAGGAAUGUAUGCAACAUGCAUGUGGACUGUCCAGUUGCUUCUGGUUCUUAGCAAAGUGGAUCUACUGUUCCUGUAUAUCCCUGAAUAUUAUCUGGAAGCUCUGGUUGAUUGCUUCCAUGUGUUGCGCAAAAGUGAUCCUCCCUUUGUACCUUCAUCAAUAUUUAUCAAGCAAGGCCUUGCUUCAUUUGUAACUUUUGUGGUCACGCACUUCAAUGAUCCUCGAAUAUCGAGUGCUGAUCUAAGGGACCUGCUUCUCCAAUCGAUCUCAGUCUUGGUACAGUACAAAGAAUAUUUGGCCGGUUUUGAGAGUAAUGAAGCAGCCACACAGAGGAUGCCAAAGGCAUUGCUGUCAGCAUUUGAUAAUAGAUCCUGGAUCCCAGUGACGAACAUUCUUCUGCGUUUGUGCAAGGGGUCUGGCUUUGGUUCUUCAAAGCAUGGAGAGUCGUCAUCAUCUGUUGUCUUCCAGAGAUUGUUAGGGGAAACUUGUGUCAGUGAUGAAGAGUUGUUCUCAGCUUUUCUCAAUCGCCUGUUUAACACUCUCAGCUGGACAAUGACUGAAUUCUCAGUUUCAGUUAGAGAAAUGCAAGAGAAGUACCAGGUAUUAGAGUUCCAGCAAAAGAAAUGCAGUGUCAUAUUUGAUCUUUCAUGCAACCUUGCAAGGGUUUUGGAGUUCUGUACCCAUGCGAUACCUCAAGCAUUUCUAUCUGGAGCUGAAACAAACCUUCGAAGGUUAACUGAGUUAAUAGUCUUUAUUCUGAGCCACAUAACAUCAGCAGAAGAUGCUGAGUUUUUUGACUUGUCGCUGAGAAGACAUGGUCAAUCCUUAGAAAAAGUAAACCGAGGAAUGAUAUUGGCACCUCUUGUUGGUAUUAUCUUGAAUUUGUUAAAUGCUAGUGAACAGAUGGAAUGCAUGGAACACAACGAUGUAGUGAGCAUCUUCGCAAGCAUGGGUUGCCUUGAGAGUUUUCAUUGCAGAUUCCAAUACCUUUUGGAUUACAACUGGGCUGGAACCUUUAGAGGCGAUGCUUAUCUUGUAAAACUUGCCCAGUUAGAAAAUUUUCUUAGCCUCCUUAGCCAGAGCCAAUCACAAGAAAAUACGAUAUACAGGGGAGAAACAGAUGGGAAUGAUGACAUGUGCUGCAUUUGUUAUGCUUGUGAGGCAGAUGCCAAGUUUUCACCUUGUUCGCAUAGGUCUUGUUAUGGCUGCAUAACGAGGCAUCUUUUGAAUUCCCACAGAUGCUUUUUUUGCAAUGCAACAGUCGUGGAUGUCGUCCGGAUUAGUGAGAAGAGUUGAUAACUUUGCUUUUUAGUUUGUUCCUUUUAGUUUGGGUUCUUGUCUCCUUGUAUUUAUCCUUGAGCUGGUCAGCAACUGAUCACUCACUGCUGCUCAAGUGUCAGCCACAGAGAAUUGCGAAAAUGGCAGAGCACAAAAAGGAAAAAAAAGUAGAAGGGAGGGAAGGAGGAAAGAAAAGAUAAUUUACUUCCAAUUUCUGCAUUUAGAUUUAUAUAAUUAUACAGUGUACAUAAUCGAUCUACAAUGUUACAGUCUUGGGUUGUGGAAAAGACUUCAGUGGUGGAUCGUCCUGACAAACGGUUAUUUCAGAUAGACGACUCGGCGAUUCUACCCUUCUUUUUUGUAGAGGGAGUUAGAGGGCAUUAUUCUGUAAAUAUGAGAUGUAAAUGGAAAGGAAAAUCUUUUGGCUC